AUGUUUCGUCGUAGCCUUUCCCGCCGUAGUCUGCAGUAUCAACCAUGCUUCAAGGACCUUAGCUUCCUCGUGGAAGACGUGUUUAACAUGUAUGCGCACUAUGAAAAACUUGGGUACACCAACGUCAAGAGGGAAUUUCUUACCAACCUUCUUGCUGAAGCUGGAACCCUCGCCACAACGUCACUUCUGCCGCUAUACUCUUCUAGUGACGUUGAGGGAUGUCAGUGGCUGCAGAAUAGCCAAGUUGGUACACCAAAAGGUUUCGAGGCCGCUUAUAAGACACUGUGCAGUAAGGGAUGGAUCGGUAUUAGCCAACCACUGGAGUUUGGCGGCAAAGCGUUGCCAUACUCAGUUGGUAGUAUCACGCGAGAGGUCAUGGAAACAGCAAAUCCACCACUUUUAACGUAUGCCACCCAAAGCAUAGGAGCAGCUGAGGCGCUGAUGACAUGUGUAAGCGCGAAGAAACAUGAAAUGUUUCUCAGGCGGCUAGUUUCUGGGGAAUGGAGCGGUUCGUUGAGCCUCACCGAGGGGCAAAGCGGAGCGGCUGAAGGAGUGGUUACGGCAGAGCGGGCACAAGAUGGGACAUACAACUUGACGGGGACGAGGAAUUUUAUCUUGGCCGGGGACCAUAACCUCACAGCAAAUGUGCUUUAUGUUGUGCUGGCACGAUUACCUUCCUCACAGGCGACAGGCACCGACUUGUCGCUGUUCCUGGUUCCGCGCCACGUACCAAAGUCGGAUGGAUCGCUGGAAACUGAAAGGAAUGUAAAAUGCCUUGGAUUAGAGGCCACCAUGGGCAUGAAGGGUAGCUCCAUCUGUCGAAUGGGGUUCGACAAUUCGACCGGCUACUUUGUUGGGGAGUUCAAUUCGGGUGUGAAGCGGACGGUAACUACCACGAACACGGCGGCCGUUGCAGCUGCAGUGCAGGGUGUCUGCCACGCUGAACUUGCUUUUCAAAAUGCCCUUUCACGAACUCGUGGGUGCAACUCACAGUGCACGUCGGAGAGUAGUACAUGUGCAGAAGGUACCAGCACCGUAUUAAUACCCGACGCGAACAUGCGUUUGAGUAUACUCUUUGCCAAAGCCGUGGCCGAGGGAGGUAGGGCGCUUUCGUUAGAUGUUUCACGACUUCUUGACAUUUACCACAACACGACGGAUGCCACCGCGCGUGAGGGGAUGGGGAACAAAAUUAACUUUUACUCCACUAUAGCCAAUACGUGCCUAACCACAUGGAAUUUUCAGGCCAUCUCCCGUUGCCUGUGGAUGUGGAGUCCGCAAGGUGUUGUGAAGGGCAAUGAUAUGGAGCAGAUUUUGCGCGACGCCCGCGCUGCUGCGCAGCACAGUGGUGUUAUGACGUCCAAUUCAGUUGAAUUCCUCAAUCGGCACAUAUUGCCUCUGCACACGGAGGAGGUCGCAACCUUUGGCAGUAAUGUUCGUGCGCUGGUGCGGCCAUAUCUUUUUUCGAGGGGUACCAUCGGUCAGUGUGCCCGGCGUCUGUGGCUACUCCAAAAACAGUGGCGGUUGGGUAUUGCCAAGGUGAAGAUGUUAGCCAUGCAAGAGCCCGAUAGCGUCGGCGCUGUGUCGGAGGAUGUAAUCAUGUACGCGGGUUACAUGGUGUUGGCGUACAAUUGGUUACGUAUGGCCACAGUGGCACAAAAACUUAUUGACUCUGGGAAAGAUGUAGACGGCUUCUAUCGGUGUAAGGUGGAUGUUUGUCAGUAUGUCUUUCAGUACUUGGUACCGUACGCGGAUGCGCACUUUCAGAUUAUGCAGAACGGCGCCAGCGUCAUGAAAAGUUGCGAGUCGACAUGGGAUCUUAGGUGA